UUGUGAGGCCUUAGAUAAAGGAUAGGGACAAGUGGCAUCUUCAAUCUGUGCCAGUGGCUGUAGGUGUCCCCUCACUGGGAGUGAUAGGAACCAGCACCCCUGAGUCCUCGAGCAUUUCAGAGCACUUCCUGUACCAGUUCAUCUGGAGCCUCACAGGGGACCAGGAAGCAGAGACAGAAAGGAGAACUCGGCAAGUGAACACUGGACUUUCUAGAAGGAGACUGCCCCUCCUCCUCUUGGGCUUGGUGUGGGUGCAGGAGACACCAGAGCUGAAGAAAUGACCCCAAGAGUGAUGGGAGUGUGGCUGCCUUCAGCUCUGCUCCUCUUGCAGGUCCCAGACUGUGUCCCUCUUCAUGGCCCCAGCACCGUGACAGGCACUGUGGGGGAAUUCCUGAGUGUUCAGUGUCAGUACAAGGAGAAAUACAAGAAUAAUGACAAAUAUUGGUGCAGAGUGUCGCUGCUAGUAUGUAGAGAUAUUGUAAACACCAGAGACUCAAAAGAAGCUGGGAAAGGCUGAGUGUCCAUCAGGGACCAUCCUGCCAACCUCACCUUCACAGUGACCUUGGAGAACCUCAUCCUGGAGGAUGUAGGCACCUACAAUUGUGGGGUGGACAUUCUGUUUUUUGAUGACUCCUUGGGUAUUGAUGACUUCUACAAGGUUGUGGUGUCGGUGGUCCAAAGCUCUGUCCCUGAGAACAGAACAAAUACCCUGGGGUCCCCCACAUCCUCACCAGUGCACACUCAGCCCAGUGUGACCACAGAGGACACAACUCCUGGUCCCAGCCUACAACCCCGGUCCCUGCUGAGCAGCAUCUACUUCAAGGUCCUGGUCUUUCUGGAGGUGCCCCUGCUCCUGAGCAUGCUCGGUGUGGUCCUCUGGGUGAACAGGCCUCAGCGGUGCUCUGGGGAGAAGCAGCAUUGUCCUGAUUAUGAUAGUCAGUGAGGGCUGUUGACAUCAAAGCUCUCUGUCCAUGUCCCUGGACACAGCUCUUCUGGUGGCAGAGGACAACAAAUAAAUCUGUGUUUCUGAGAAUA